AUGGCAGCGCAGCUGUGGUGCCUCAUGUCCGCGCUGCUGCUGCUCGGGCUGACAGGGACAUUAGACGCCAGCCAGCCCGACCGCUCCUUUUCACGGCUGAUGGAACAGAGGCUUUUAUUCAAGAAAGAAUUUGCUCAAGGUCAUACUGAGAAGGCCUUUUUGGGAUAUGAUUCUCUGAGCCCAGAGAGGGAUCAGGACUGCCUGAAGGCCAGUGAGCAUUGUGCCCGGGAUGCCGGCUGCAGUGCCCGGCUCCGUACCCUUCGCCAGUGUGUGGCAGGAGAUGGUGCAGCCAAGCUGGGGCCUGAUGCCCAAAGUCAAUGCCAGAGCACAGUCCAAGUCCUGCUGUCCAGCAGUCUCUAUAGCUGCCAAUGUCGGAGGGGCAUGAAACGGGAGAAGGACUGCCUGGGCGUGUACUGGAGCCUGCGUCACACCCUCCCACAAGGUCAGUAAAUGAUACUAGAAAGCUCCCCCUAUGAGCCUUUCAUUAGAGGCCUUGACUACGUUGGAUUGGCAGCUAUUACAGCAGGGUCCGAGGGCGAGAGCCCGUCCCCGAGAGGCAACCGCUGCCUAGACGCGGCCAAGGCUUGCAACGUGGACGGGCUGUGCCAGCGGCUGCGGGCGGACUACGCGGCCCUGUGCCUGAGGGCCGGGGCCCGCGGCUGCCCCCGGACCCGCUGCCACCGGGCCCUGCGCCGCUUCUUUGACCGGGUCCAGCCAGCGCUCAGCCACGCGCUGCUCUUCUGCCCCUGCGGGCCGGGGGACGCGGCGUGCGCCGAGCGCCGCAGGCAGACCAUCGUCCCGGCGUGCUCCUACGGCCCCGGCCCCAGCCUCGGGCCUCGUGCCGCCCCCGCCGCCGCUGUCCAGCCCAACUGCCUGGCGCCGCUGGACGCCUGCCGCCGGGGCUACGUGUGCAGGUCCCGUUUGGCCGAGUUCCAAACAGCCUGCCAGCCAUCCCUGCUCACCCCGAGUGGAUGCAUCCACGAGGAUUCCCCCAGCUGCCUAUGGGCCUACACUGGCAUUCUGGGGACCCCCAUCACACCCAACUAUGUGGACAAUGUAAGCACUGCUGUGGCACCUUGGUGUAGCUGCAGCUCCAGUGGGAACAGGCUUGAAGAAUGCGAGACCUUCCUGGGGCUCUUUGUGGGGAAUCCCUGUCUUCAAAAUGCUAUCCUGGCUUUUGGCAACCAGACAGUCCUAAGGUGGGGCCCCUCUGUCUUUCCACCUGGAACAUACCUGCAGGAAUCCCCUGGUUCUGGGCACAGCCUCUUCAACCAACUGAAGCCCCCCCAACCCACCCAGGUAUCCACUGGGGGCUCUCCAAGGCUUUGCGGGGCUCAAGGCUUGACCCUUCCUAGGGAUCAACUGCUUUUUACAGCCCUGGCCCUCUGGUUCCUGCCUUGACUAGGACAGCUGGCAGAAGACAGAAUGAGUGAUCCUGUUUGUAUCCAUUCUUUUCCAGUGUGGUGGUAACAGUGGGAAUCUGAAUCAAAGAGAAGUAGGGACCUAGGGGGUCACCCUUGAGCUGGUCCCAACUCUCUCUAACCUCAGACCUCUGUUGGUCUGUGACCCAGACCCUUGUAGCCAUUCUCUCUUGACCUAGUACAGAGAUGAAAGGCUGGGGGACUGUGAGGAAUGACUUAGAGGGCAGAGUCCCAUCCUAGAGACUGCUGGACCUGAAAUGCUCUGAACCACUUGCCUCCUAGCCUGGAGGCUGGCCUUGGACCUUGAGGUCUGAGGUCUAAGGUACUUAGAACAUUUAAGACACUUUGAGGGCAGGGACUGGCAUAGAGUAGGCACUUAAUAAACUGCUCAUCGAUUGACAGGUUGAUAGGAUUUUAGAAAUGGAAGGAACUUUGGAGAUCACAGAAUCCAACUUUCUCACUGAUGAAGAAAUUGAGACCUCUGGCUUUGGUGUAAUGCAAAGAGCUGUGGACAGUCAGGAGACGUAGGCUGAGUAUCAGCCUUGCCUCUCAUUAGCUGUGUGAUCUUGGGCAAGUCAAUCACUCUCUUGGCCUCAAUUUCCUCAUCUUUAAAAUGGUGAUAAUUUCACAUGACAUCCAAGGCCCCUCUGCUCAGCUCCAUAGUCCUCUGAUCUAAUACCAAUUCCCACUAAACAUUAAAGCCCUAUAGAAAAUACAGCUGUUUUGACCCUGUCAGGAGUAGAGUGGGGGGACAGCAUGCUGGUACAUAGCAUCAAGAGGCAAUUGCAUAAAUAGGACUGAGGACGCAGGUCUAGACAAUAGUUGCCCUGAAAAAAGAGUCACUGUGACAUGGCAGACAAGAAACGCUAAUUCUAUCCUAGCUGCAUUAAGGAGGGAGGGGAUGGCCUCCAGACCAAAGGUGGGGGUGGCCCCACUGGGCUCAGACCUGAUGGGAUCCUUCUCCCCUCAUCUGGAGGAGAGUAUUAGGUUCUGGGCACAACAUAUUAAGAAAGGCAUUGAUGAGCUAGAAGAUGUGUGAAGGAGGGUGACCAGGAUUGAUCUGGAAAAAGGAUUCCAUUUAUUCUGCUUGUUCUCAGAAGGUAGAAUUAGGAGAGGGGGGAGAGGAGGAGGGGUAAGGGAGAGAGGGGAGGCAGAUUUCAGCAGGAAAAAUGAAUUAUCCUGGCCACUAAAAAAAGGGAAAGGGCUAUUGUAAUAGCUGUAAUACUGUAACAGGCGUUCUUUAUCACUGGACAAUUUUAAAGCACAGGCCAGAGGACCACCUGUGUGGGAUGUUUUAGAAAGGCCCCUCUUCAGGGACUGGUUGUACUAGAAAUCCCUGAGGUCCCUUCCAGGUGGGAGAGGUGGUGAGUGAUUGGGUGAGGAGAAGGAGCCAAGGCAACUUCUGUGAAGGGUGUGGGAUGGAGAGGAAAGAGAGAGCAGAGAGCUGAAGGUGGGGUAGGGAUGAAGUAUGGGUACUGAUAUAGUGAAGGGGGUUGGAAUAUAACAGGAGACUUGUAAUUUUUUAAUUUGUUCUAGGAGUUUAUUUUUUUGGGGGGUUAUUUUUUAUUUU